GAGUUCCGCGUGAAUCCUCAGUGCCGAUUGUUGUCAACACCUUGUACCAUGUUACGCUUCGGAAGGAAAACGCGAGAUCACCAAUUUACUUCGGUCUCGAACGAAGAGCCGGUUACAUUUUUAAUUGGAAGUAUCCGAUGUAACCGCUAUUUGUGAGUGCAGUUCUUUAUCGGAAACGAUACGAUAAAAAACAUUUUGAUUAAAGUGCCGAAUUAGAUGCCGGAAGAUUCAAUGAAGAAGAUCUUUUAACGUCUUCCUACUGAGAUAAAACGUUUGCCUCAAGAUCACACAAAGUAUUUAGACCUGAGCGUUGGCUCAUCCAACAACUGGAUUCUUCAAGAGCAACAGCUGUUGGAUCACCACUUCUCGCAAGUUCAGUCACUCGAUUCCUCCGAGCGAUCGCUCAAUUAGUGAUUCAAGUGAACGAGAAAGCCUCUUACACGACUUGCGACCUCGGCGAAUAUUCAUUCCCGUCGAAGAAUGAGGGGGUCGUGGGUGAUCCUGUUCGUCCUGACGCUGGUGGCCGUCCACUCGCCAGUGGAGGGGAGGAUACUCGCGGAAUGCGAAGCUGUAAGGGAGCUCGAGCGAGCCAAAAUCAGCAAGACCUUAAUUAGCAACUGGGUCUGCCUGAUGAAAAGCGAAAGUGGGAUGAACACGGCGCUGUUAACUGGCCCGAAGACGGCCUCCAGCUAUUCUCACGGUAUCUUCCAGAUCAAUAGCGCCAAGUGGUGCACCAGGGGACGUGCAGGUGGCAUAUGCAAUAAACGCUGCGAGGACUUCCUGAACGACGACAUACAGGACGACAUCGCCUGCGCCAAGAAGAUUUUCGAUCGGGACGGCUUCAAGGCGUGGGACGGCUGGACGAAGAAGUGCAAGAACAAGCCGCUGCCGAAUCUCGCACACUGCACGCGGAGGAGGAGAAUGGCGACCGAGAUCGAAGCGGCCGAGACCGAGCUCGAUCCGAUCCUGUACUGAUUGGGUGAUUGUGAUGCUGUUCGAUACAUUGACUUACAGGCGACACGAGACUCCAUUUUACUUUUAAAUUUCGCGUAUUCCGUAAAAUCUUCGAAUCUCUCGUAAUCCUUCAUUUUACAAGCCCGAUACUUACGUAAUCGAUUCCGUUGGAUUGCAUUCCAGCAGAUCGUACAUUCGUUUCCGUUAAAGGAUCCUCCUACGCGUAUCGUAAGCCACUGACAAAUACGCGAUACGUGGCACAAACAAAACACUCCGGUAUGCUUUAUAAAUAUGGAUCUAAACCGAUUGGAUCGGCGCCACUUAUGACGCAAGGCUUUACGGCUUUAUAUGUUUUAAGUUGCACGUCUUGGCAGACGGCACCACGUGGUUUAGAAAUUCUUUAGAAAUUCCGACCGUUAGAAUCGCAAAACUGUACGUGAUGAGAUUUCGCUGAUGUUUUCCCGAUUUCAUCUCUUUAUACGCACGUUGCGUGUGUGACAUUUAAAAAGGUCGUCUUUGCUCUCAAGCCAGAGUGUCGUAUUUAUGAAAUUUAGAAAUAAGAUGGAUAUGCCUUAUUAAAGUAAAUAUCUCUAUUAAUGUAAAGAAGUAA